AUGGACGCCGGUCACGAUCCACGCCGAUUCGCGCUCGAUCUCCUCCGAACGUCUACGCGAUCUCAUUUUGAUGCAGGCAGUCUCCGAUGCCAGCGAACGAGGUUGGUCGAUGCGCCCGGAGGCCGAGGCUGGUCACGAUGCGUGAACAGAUUCAGCCGGAAUCGGCCCGGCCACGCUCACCCGUUUCGCCGAAACCGUCCGCGCUGGUCUCAAGUGAAAUACGUGCCAGGCGACAGCGCCGCGGCUGCUGCUCGAAGUGAUGUGCGCGAGAAUGCUGCUUCCCUUCGGCCUCCGACACCGGGGCCCGAGUACGAGGCCAGCGGCUGCGGGAAAGCUGCGCCGGUGCUCCGGCAGGCCCCACGGUCGAAGACCCUCCGUGAAUCGUGGAACACCUUGCGCAACAAGGUCGGUGAACGAACAAGGUUCUUCCGGCCUGCUGUCCGCUGCGACGGUUCACGACGUGCGUGGACAUGUUGUAGUCAUCGCUCACGGCUCGCCGAGUACACCGGUUACUCGUGC